AUGAUCCGGUUACCUGAUGAUAUGUUCCCUUACCGUGUCCCUGUAACAACAACAAAAUCCCAGAAAAACCUACUCCCAACAGCUCACACUGAAUGCAAAGUCAACAUUGACCAGCCUGAUCCAAAUCAUGAAAAAGCAUGUACUAUACCUGAUAAAGAGAUUAAGGAACAUGAUGUACAUGCUCAAAUGCUUUGUCUUCGUGAGAAGGUGAAGGAAAGAUUGAGCAACUCAGAUGAUUACCAGUCAUUUUUGAAGUGCAUUGCAGAGUAUUGCACAAAGAGUAUUACUCGGCCACAAUUGCAAUCAAGGGUAAAUAGUUUGCUUGGAGUAUAUCUGGAUAUUGUGGAAGAAGCCAAUGAGUUUAUAGAUCACAGUGAAAAGACAAGAUCCUUAUGGAGUCAUGGACAUUUACCUGGAGUAAUACAGGGUAAUAACGAGGUUAAAGAUGGAAAUUCUGAUGAAGAUGAAAUUGAAAAGAAUAGUUCGGCCAUCAAGGAGAACUAUCAAAAAAAAAUCAAUUCAAGAACUUGACCUUUCUGACUAUGAAUGUU